AGUGUUCAGCCUGUCAACUAAGCAAAUGGCGUCAGACGUUGACAAGAACGAUUUUCCUUUGUUUCAUGAGUUCUCUCAUCAUCUCACGAAUACAACAGACAUUGUAGAAAAUAUUUUAGUUUAUCUUAAUGCGAGAGAACUAAACAGAUCUGCGAGGGUAUGCAGCUUUUGGGCAAAGAUUGUUAAAAGGUUAAAAAGAAAGAGGAAAACAAGAUCGUGGACUUGUCUGCACAAUAUCAGUGACGAGGAUGAUACGACAAGUGAUGCAGUAGUACAGACACAAAAUUUUAUUCAGGGGCUAUACACAGAGCCUGAUGUUGUGUUUGUGAUAAGUACAGCAGACCUUCUUCACAUGAAAACUGGACUAGCAGGGCAGACAAGAAGUGGUCGUUUAACUCGUGGUGUAACACAGACUUACCAAGAGUUUGUGUGCUCAUUAUUACCACAGUCUUGCAAGUUAUGUGGGAUAGAAUCAAAUGGUAUUAUAGGGACAACCUCAGAUUGUAGAGAGAGUAUAGAAGUUGAAAGAUAUAUGAAGGUGAUAUAAAAGGGG